UCAAUAGAUAAAAUAUUUCGACAUUAUAAAUUUCACUCUCCGUUGUUUAUUGCACCGACGACCAGUCGGGUACUCAUUCUUCAUCUGUGCAAGUUUUUAAUAUUCGGGCUCCAUGUCUACGAGUACUAAACAGAGCUCACAGACACACUGUUGAUUUAUCUCCGACCUCAAUACAAGGGGCUUUGAGCUGUAGUUGCUGUUCCGAAUUUGCGUAAUCCAAGAAGUUGAGGUUGAGUUUAUUCUGGGGAAUUUGUUUUGUUUAAUUUGAGAAGUGUAGAUGGUUCUAGAUCUUGGGCAGAAGUGAGUGGGAUGAGGAAAGACUCUAUGUCGUUUCGCAAUCCCGGGACGUACACAAGCCCCGGGACGCCAGAUUAUGCGGAUAACAAUGUGGGGGAUUUUCAGAGAGGUUGGUGUUCGGAGCGAGUGGCGUUACCUGUGAACAGCAGUAGUAAGAGGCAUAUCAGUGCUGCUGCGUUGAUUCCGUUUAGUAGUGGGAGGGCUUUGCCUUCCAAAUGGGAUGAUGCGGAGAGAUGGAUUACGAGUCCGCUUUCGGGGACUAGUGCUCCCAGGACACCGGUUGUGCAGCCUCAGCGGCAUCUUAAAUCAAAGAGCGGUCCACUUGAUGCUCAAGGACUUGCGUUUUCUCCACGUUACUCGCCCGCUCAUGUGCAGGUGGUUAAUGGGGGUAAUGCGGGUGGUUUUAUGGCAGGUUCUCCUCUUACAACCGGUGUACUAGUACCUGAUGGCUUAUCUAUUCACUAUGGUGGUGGGAUUGGUGUACAAAACCCUGUUCGUCCUGGAAGGAUGUUACGUAGAUCUUACAAUGCUGCCAGCCAAACAAAUUUGCUAUGUGAUUCAUCAUUGCCAGACUCCAAUGAUGAGAAGCAUGGGGGAUCCAAUGAGUCAGAGAUCAUGGCUACUGGUGCCGUGUCAAGACGUGAUAUGGCGACGCAGAUGAGUUCUGCAGGUGGCAGUCCAAAAGAAAAGCUAUCCCCUGAUCAUCCCACAUUGAACCCCACUUGCAACUUUUCCUCUAAAGUAGAAAUCAGGGAUGUGCAGGUAGACAAGGGAGCCACUAUGACUAGGCAAUCCAGAGAAGAUGGGGUGAGUGUAACAAAGAAAGCCUCACCGGAAACCAAAGAAUUAGCUUUACCUUGGGAUCUUGCAAAAGCAUCGAAGAACAGGUCAAGGCUUCAAAGAGAAGAGGCCAGGAUUAGUGCAUGGGAAAACUUACAGAAAGCAAAAGCUGAAGAUGCUAUAAAUAAACUAGAGAUGAAAUUGGAAAAGAAGAGGACCGCAUCGAUGGAUAAGAUAUUAAACAAACUCAGAAAUGCUCAAACAAGAGCUCAUGAUAUGAGACAACUAAUGACGGACGAUGUUGAUAAUCAAAUUCCCAGAUCAAAAGUAAAUAAAUUUUCAUCCUUGCGCAAGUAUGUUGCUUUGGGUCCUAUCCGCAGUUGUUUUACAAGCCAUGCAAACUAGUCAGAUUGUUGGCUUUAUGGAUUUGUAGACAUUUUCAGACCUUUUAAUAUUCUGUUGACCCAGAAGAGAAAAUGGUAAGAGUAAAGGGUUCAGUCAACAGAAUGACCUAAACAUUAAAGUAAAUUUCUUUAGAUUACUAUUUGCUAGUUCAUACUCAACGGUAUCUCUCUCUGUAUCUUGUGAUCUUUUAUGAGAUGUGGAGAGAUCGAACCUUGUCUUUGACAGAAUGGGUUUGUGAAUUUUUGGUUAUCAAAAGAAACAGUUCAUGUAA